ACUGACAGUGACGUUCAUCGGCAAAAACACAAUAAACCGCAAUAUUUUCCCCAAUAAAAAGACACAAAAAAAGCCCCGUUUAAACUGUUUAUUUACCCCUAAUUCCUUAUUUAUCACCCCCUAUAAACCAAUACACAAGCUUGAAUGUUAGACAAGAUGCAACCGUUCACCGCUUUCAUGAACGUCGAGAGUUCGCGGUCCUACAUCGACGACCUGUACUCCCAGGACUCCAACAGAUGUCUCACCUCCAUAAUGUCGAUAAAAAACUCCGUAAUCGGGUCCAACAGGCAAAAAGAGAGUGUGAUAGCACAGGGCAUAGUGCCUCGACUAAUAUACCUGCUGAAAGACGCCACAAUGAAGACCACAGUGCGGACAGAGGCGGCGGUAACCAUCGGUUCAUUGGCGAAAGGCACAGGGAAACAUGUCGAGCUGCUAAUCAAUGCGGGGAUUGUACAAACUUUGCUGGAUUUAUUGGACGAGCAGGAGCCGAAGCUCGUUGAUGCUUGUUUGUGUUGUUUACGUACCUUAGCCAGUCAGGAGUUUCACCCAAUUAAUUCAAAGUUUGAGGUUAAGCAUAUGCAGAAGUUGUUGUCUCUGAUAAGCCCCACUGAAUCUCUACAAAGAAUGUCUUGCAUAGCGACAAUCCUCACCUCCACCUGUAAAACCAGCGAAGAACAAAACAGUUUAUGCACAAUCGGGGCUCCAGCAGUAUUGGCCUCCUUACUAUCGGUGGACAAUUGUUCGGUAAGGGUCCCAGUGGCCACCUGCCUCGCUUCCAUGUGUUUUAACAACACUCAUGUGGCCAGAGAAAUCGUAAAUACUUCUUAUAGGGAUGUGAAGGUGAUCGGCUAUUUGUCAAUGAUGAUUUCCAGGGAUAAACCGGUGGAGAUGCAACUGGAGGCUGCCAGGUGCCUCACUAAUUUGCAUCGGGCGGGCGCUAUUUCAGCUUUUGAUCCUGUGGUGACUUAUAAGACAUUACCUUGUUUGGUGAGGCUUUGUCAGGUGGAACAUACGGAAAGCCAAAGAUCGACCGCCGCCGAAACCCUGGCAUAUCUAACGGAAGUCGACAGCAAUUUACAACAAAUAGCCGCGAUCAGUAAUCAACUGGUGACAGCCCUGGUCGAUUUGCUGGUCUGUAACAGCGUGGCGGCCCGAACGGCCGCUUUCAGGGCGUUCGCCUCCCUGGGGGCCAACGACGAGGACAUCAGAAAACGCAUAAUCGACACGAAAUGUUUGAUGGAACAAGUGGUCGAGGGCCUCGCGGACCCUAAUAAAGAAGUGAACUUAGCGUCGGUACGCUGCCUGCACUCGCUUAGCAGAUCAGUGCAGCAACUGAGAACAACAUUUCAGGACCACAGCGUUUGGAAGCCCCUUAUGACUCUUUUGCAAGACGAUCCAAGUCCGGAACUCUUGCUGGCCGCCUCGUCGACCCUCUGUAACUUAUUGCUGGAGUUCUCCCCGGCAAAGGAGCCGAUCAUUCAGCAAGUGUCUUGUCAUUUCGUAGGGGCGGUGCAACUGUUAGCAAAUUUAACUGGAUCCACCGAUCCGGCCCUGAGGCUCAACGGGAUUUGGGCGCUCAUGAAUUUGGCCUUUCAGGCCGAGCAACGGGUCAAGAGUCAGAUUUUGACUUGUUUGGGCACUGAUCAGAUUUUUAGGUUACUGGCCGACUCAGACCCUCGGAUCCUAAUGAAAACCCUCGGACUAUUACGGAAUUUGGUGUCACCACGCACACACACCGACACGAUGAUGGCCCUGCACGGCACCCAGGUGAUGCAGGGCGUAGUGCUGGUGCUCGAGGGGCCCCACUCCCCCGAGGUAAAGGAACAAGCCCUGUUGAUUUUAUCGAACAUCGCCGACGGCGAGAGGGCCAAGGACCACAUAAUGAUCAACCUGGACAUCCUGAAGAAACUGGUGGACUACAUGACGCAUCCCGCCCCCUGUUUGCAGGAGUCCGCGGUCUUUUGCAUCGGGAAUUUGUCGCGAAAGGGCGAACAGGGGGCCCUCGAGCGGCAAACGCGGUUAAGGGACUUGGGCGUGGUGAACAUCUUGCAACAGCUGAUGGGCACCUCGGACACCAUCUUGUUUAAUCGGGUCAAGGCCACGCUCUCUAACUUCACCGACGUCUAGGCUCCGCGAGAUGUUAUUUACUACUACCUGUACAUUUGUUUGUUAAUUUAUUAUUUUUGUUUGUUUAAGAAAAUAAAACACUUUUUAAAAUG